AUGUCUCAGAAAGAACAAAUACCAAGAGCUCAAGACACACAUCAUCCGCACAAUACUCGAACAAAAAAGAGACAGAUGGAGGCCAGAAUGGAAAAACUCGAGGAGAACAUGUCAAGAUUGCAAAAAGAACUGGAAGAUAAGAUGGCCCAGAACAAUCAAAGUACCCUAGAAUCCAUCAAGAAAAACCAGGAGUCCUUGGUCGAUCAAAUCGUGGCCAAGUUAUCAGGCUUACAGCAGGCCAGUGCGCCAAGGGCAGGUUCAUUUGAGGGGUUAACUAUACCGCCAACCUCACAGGUGGUUAUCUCACCCGGAGUAUUACCCGAGGACUCAUCCGCUACUAAAGGGAAAGUUGCAUUACCCGGUGACUCAUCCUCUACCAAAGGGAAAGCUGCAUCUACUGUUAAGAUACAAACUUUUGCAACCAUCCCUGACAAUCAUCCGGAUAAUUACCAUAAUCCCUUGCCAAAUCAUCAAGAGACUGGAAUUAACGCAGUCACCAUCGAGAAGGGCAAGAGAGUCAAAUUGAGUGUUUCAGAAGUUAAAGCUCCUUUGGUUUGGGUAUGGAGCCAAAUGGUAAAAGCAGGGCUUCUUGCACUAUAUCCAGAUACAGCAGAAAUGAAUACGAGGAAGGAAAUCCAGAAGAAACGGGAAAGAAGAUUAGCCAGGUUGACUGGAAGCGAGUUUCAACGGGAACCAAUGGUAUUCCCACCUCUGUAUCACACAUUCAAGUCAGGUGGUUAUGUAUUUGAGACCACCUCAUCCGAUUUAGAAGUGGCUUUGAAAGAUUUGAAUAUCAAUGUCGUGACUACAGAAGAUGCGGACAACGCCAAUAAAUCUGAAAUCUACCCUCUGCCACCUGGGUUUGUGCCUAGCAACUGGGACAUAAAAGCAAGCAACGUUCUGUUGGAUUCAGAUUUGAUUGCCAAACUUGGAGAUAUCGGUUUGGCUCGGAUUGUGUCCCAUGAGAAAGCACUGCAGAGCACAAAAAUCGGAGGGACGUUCGGGUGUAUGGCUCUGGAGUAUGCUUUAACAGACCGAGCUAGCCAACAAGCAGAUGUUUAUAACUUCGGGAUAGUUAUUUUGGGGAUCGUUUCCGGACGAAAGUCGAUAUUGCCCAACGUGGACGAGGAUCGAAUAUACACAGUGGAGUGGCUUUGGGGACUCUACGCAAGAGGAAAACUUAUCGAAGCAGCCGAUCCACGACUAGAGGGAAAGUACGACGAGCAACAGAUGGAACGGUUGAUGAUUCUCGGGUUAUAUUGCGCUCACCCACCCGCAUUGCGGUUCCCGGCCUUUGAUGAAACAAGUGAUUAG